GGGGGGUCGGAUAUGAGGUGAGUAAGAGAUGAGUCAACAGCCCUCCACUAUAAGAUGUCCUGAUGGAGCCUAACAGUGGCAUACACUCAGACACCAGCGAAGGGAUACCACUGCUAUUCUAAUUUCUGUACAUUCUGGGAAAUACUACAAAGAUGGACUACAGUCUGGCACUCCUGUUUACUCUCCUGCAUCUUCUAAGCGUGGGUACAGCUGCUCCGCUGUCAGCGGAAGUAGUGAAGAUGAAAUCAAAAGUGAAAUGGAUGGCUGAACAGCUGGUACUUAAGCUGGACAGAAACUUCCAGGUCCCUCCUGGCCUGACACUCAGUCCACCUGUUGAUGUUCUGGAUGGACCUGCCUCCAUAGUGAUGGUCUUAGAGGGGUAUAACAGCUUGAUCUCUGACACCCUUGAUGGGGUCACCCAGGUCAAGACUGAAAUUUCUUCGCUGGCGGGAUACCUCGAUCAGUGGAGGAAGGGGCACUGCACUGAGCAGCGGCCAAAGCCAUCAGUGCCAGGCCCACUACAGGAGCUACAGAGUCGCAAAGAAUUCAUUCACACUGUGAGCAUCGAGGCGCUCAUGAGAGUGAAGGAGUUACUCAAUCUGCUGCUGAAAAAUCUGGAUCAACUUCAGAGUUGUUGAAAGAUGGACAGAAGGACCAAGUUGUUGAUUAUUUUGUUAAGUCCGCAUCAGUGAUGUCUGACUUUGCAUCCUCCCUCGCGGUCAUGUUGAACUUUCGCAAUGUGUUUUGAAGGGAAUUUAUUCUUGAACGUGCACUUAUUUAUAUACACAAGUAUUUAUUUAUAUAUUGUAUUUAGAAAAUAUGUAUUUUGUGACAUUGUUGUAAUGCUUUUGAGGAUGUUUGUAGCAAAAGUAUGUGUUGUGAAAAAAAUAUUUAUGUGCAAACUGAUCUAUGUUUUGCACAGAAAUAUAAAUCAGCGCUUCAUAGGUUUGUAUUAUCACACCACUGUUUUAAAAUAUGGAUCUCUAUAUUAAUGUAAUGAAUCAACUGUGUACAAAUGACUGUAGCUAGAGGAAAUGUCACAGUGAGCAGUAAUGUCAUGAGUGGAAAUUCCUGAAAACCAGUUUGAAACUUGCCAAGAAAUACAUGUGUUUGUCUGACAAUUAGGACAGGAAGGACAAAGGACAACUUUCAUUUCAGUGCAAUAUCAUCAGCUCUUCCAAUAUGGCUAUUUAUAUCUGUAGAUGAUACUUUGUAUAUUUUUGUACAGUUGACACUAUUUUUUAGACAAAAACUAAAUAAAUAUUUUACAAAAAUA